AUGAAAGCCCUCACGCUCGCCAGCGUUAUCCUCUCGUUAGCGGGUUCACCGGCCCGAGCUGCAUCGUACACCGAAACCCUUCUCGCGCUGCACAAGUCCCUCGUCGAGGUCGACUCAACCUCCAAUGCCGAAGCGCCCGGAACGGACGUCCUGAAGACGUACCUCGAGAACAACUUCACCGUCGAAUUGCAGACUGUCACUGCUGGCCGCCAGAACGUCUACGCGUACUCUGGUAGCUCCCGCGAGGCUCGCGUUCUGCUCACCUCACAUUACGACACCGUGCCGCCGUGCAUUCCAUACUCUCGCAAUGGCGACGAGAUCCGGGGCCGCGGAACGUCCGAUGCCAAGGGCAGCAUCGCUGCUCAGGUCACCGCCGUGGAAGACCUUCUCGCGAGCGGUGAGAUCAGCGAAGGAGAUGUCUCCCUCCUGUUCGUAGUCGGAGAGGAGGUCGGCGGCGACGGGAUGAAGGCGGCCAACAACCUCAACCUAACCUGGGAGGCCGUGGUCUUUGGCGAACCGACGGAGAACCAGCUUGUACGGGCCCACAAGGGUGUCCUCGGGCUCAACGUCACGGCUUCUGGAAUUGCUGGACAUUCUGGAUAUCCCGAGCAAGGCCGUAACGCGAUUGAUCUUCUCGUGCGCUCUUUGGGGGCAAUCAUCGGCGCCGAGUUGCCGUCGUCCGAGGAAUUUGGCAACACGACCUUGAACGUCGGUGUGAUCGAGGGCGGGAUCGCGAGCAACGUCAUCCCGGAGAAUGCUACUGCGAGAGCGUCAAUUCGGGUUGCCGUCGAUGACAUUGAUAGCAUCAAGGACGUGAUCAGCAAAGCAGCGUAUGCCGCUACGCCAGAACAUGUCAGCCUCUCUUUCAACAUAGGCGGGAAGCCUGUCAGCUUGGACUAUGAUGUUGAAGGCUUCAACACAACUAUUGCGAAUUAUUACACGGACGUUCCGUAUCUUGAAGGCGAUCAUAAGAAAUAUUUGUAUGGUCCCGGCACCAUUCUUGUGGCGCAUUCGAAUGAUGAGCGAAUCACUGUCGCGGACUUGGAAGAUGCUGUUGAAGGAUACAAGAAGCUCAUUCUUGAGUCUUUGAAAUAG